AAAUAAACUAUUGACGAAUAAAACAGACUCUGUGAUUUGCACUGAAGUUCCAUCCACUUCCACGGUAGCUGCCAAAGACGCUCAGGUUUAACGAGAGCCACGCCCUCGAGUCAGCGCCAAAGUGACAAAGACAGCGCAGCAGCUACGGGCAACGUGCUGCGACAGAGACAGCGGGCAUUAACUCUAUCAUCUUAAAUCAUGGAAUACAUGUAUCGAGUCACACUGAUUUGUCUUUAUUGCACCCCGUCAUCCUUGACUGGUAAGAUCACCAAAUUCUACAAAAUUUUACAUACUUUUCGAUUUCUGAUCACAGAAGGCUUGGAAAACAGCAGAAUUCCUAAGUUAACAUUUUCUGAAAUGGUGGGAGAAGACGAGCUCUAUUAUUAUGACAGCAAUAAUAUGACACUUAUCCACCGAUAUGAUUGGUUAGAAGGACUGGAGAAGUUUAAUAAUUUAUAUUUACUUUAUGAAAUGAUUUAUGGCCUUCCAGAAACUAUUGUAAAAUACAAGAGACGUGUCCUAGAAUUAUUAAACCGAUCAAAUGGGAUUCACAUUGGACAGGUAAUUGUUGGCUGUGAGGUAGACCAAGAAGAUCAGACUGACUGGUUCUUUAGUCACGUCGGAUUUAAUGGAGAAGAUUUGCUUGACGUUGACUUGAAAGAACUUACUUGCACUAUUUUGGAUAACCAAGCAGACAGUAUAAAAGAAGAAUGCAAUUCUGAGAUAAGAUAUCAUUACAUUGACGUUGAUGCGUUUAGAGAAUUUUGUGUUCUAUCAUUAAAGGAAUACCUGUUGUUUGGAAAAGAGACACUGGAGAGAAAAGAGAUACCCAAGGUUUCGUUAUUCCAGACAAGUCAGGCACCUUCUGACAUUAAACUUGUUUGUCACGUGACUGGGUUUUUUCCAAGAGAUAUUGAGGUCACUUGGAUCAGAAAUGAAAUGGACCAGCUAGAGGCUGAAAAUGGAGAGAUUCUGCCAAAUGAUGAUAAAACCUAUCAAGUGAGAAAAACCAUCAUAAUAAAUCAUGCGGACUUGGAAAAAUAUAAAUACUCAUGUCAUGUGGACCAUGCCAGUCUCACUAAGAAAUUAAUUAUUCCCUGGAAAAGCAAAGAAAGUGAUCUGGCCGUGGUAGUCAGCAUUAUCAUCAUUGCAGUGGUUAUAACUGCAGUAUUGACUGGCAUUGUCCUGUGGAAGAAAAAGCAAGCAGGGACUUCAAGGCAUGCAGAUGCCAUAAUAAGCCAGGAAGAAUUAAAUCAGAAAAAUAUUUGUCCAAUGUUGUUGUUACCAUUUGCAGUUGAUAAAACCAAUACCCCUGAGAUUCAGGAAGAAGAGCAUGAACAAGGCCUUCAACCCUUACAUGAAAACCUAUGAGUCGGGGAAUGGAAAUACUCUACAAACAGCAUGCACGUCUUUCUUUAAUCAUAUGUGGUGGUCUCCUGUUAUGUAGCCAACUUUGUAUGAAAAACUGUAUAUGCGCAUAUCUAAUUCAAGCAGGUGUCACAGCCAAUGAGAACUUUCUAUGCAGGGCUUCUCAGGCAGUUUUAUUUGGAGAGUGCUAGAGAUCUAGAACUCUUUAUUCUGGGAUAUUUUGGGAAGAAAAGUCAGCUCUUCAUGAUCCAUUUUAAUGUUAGCAUACCGAUCUCUGCAAAGUUUAUAAGACAACACUAAACUUAAAUUCUAAGAAAAAGCUAAAUCAAAUGUAACUUGCAUUUGUUUAUUGCUUGAGCUCAGGUCUCAUGCAGAUGUUUUCCUUAUUUUCACAAAGUUCAUACCCUAGCCAAGUGGCCAUCCUGUAUGUCAUAACUGUCAAACUGCCAUGGGCCACACUGACACUUGCACUACACUCCCAGCAACCACACAGCACCACAGUAUCUAAAAAUGCAAACUUUAUAACACCCAUACAAAUCAGAAGUAUGAAAUAAUGGCUGGACUGGGAAGAAAAAAAGACAAAUCUGUGAAAAUAAGGAGACAGAGAAAGGAAGAUUUAUUUAGAAGGUGUUCAGGAGAGAGUAUGCAAUAGUGGGUAAGUGGACCAUCAACUCCAUGGGGUAGAUAACGAGUGCUUGUGUUUAGUCAGGUCCUGGAGGCUUAGGUUUUGUGAUUUGUUCCCUAUUGUAGAUUAUAUCUGUUUCCCUGUUGCAAUUGUUACUUCUUGUGCCAAUAAAUUCCACUUUUUGCUGAA